ACUGCAACUAGACCAGGUCACAAACAAGAGAAAAGUGCUAAUUUCACAAUAAAAAAAACUUAAACUGAAAAUUAAAAAAAAAAAACUUCUGUAAUCAUGAAGAUGUUUACGACUGUUGCGACUUUCAUUUUCUUAGCUUUAAUGCAUCAAACUAUGGCGGGACCAGUAGAAGUGGAAAAAUCCAAAUCUACCUCAGAGAACCCUGAUGAUAUGAAUACUUCUGAAACUUUUGGUUAUGGUUAUUACCAGCCCGGCUUUUAUGCCGCUGCCCCUGCUGUCCCUUUAGCUGCUGUUGAACCUUAUCAUGCUGCAACUUAUUCAGCAGUCGAUUCAUAUCCUGUCGUUAGUGCUCCUUUGCCUACUAAAACUACGGUGCGCACCUUUGCUGGUAAUGGCCGCUCAGCUUAUGGCUAUGGCAGUGAUAGCGGUUAUAAAUAUGGAAGUGGUUUUGACCGUCGUUGGGGCUAUGGUUCUGGCGCUGCAGCACGUGGCACCCUUACUAAUGAAGUGUACCGUCGUCACCCCGUCUAUGUUGCUUGGGGUUAAUUUAAUUUUCAUUGACUUGAAUCACUGUGAAAAAUUACCAAUUGAUACAGAUACGAAAAUAGUGUGGCUCUUACCUUAAUAA